GGCACACAGUAAUCUAUGAACAUUGAACUGUUGGGAAACUAGCCAGGCUGUGGUCCUACCAAUCACACAGGGACCCAUGCGCUCUGGGCCAGCGGGAUUUGAAGAGGUCUUCAUGAAUGAAAGGCGGAGACCUGAAGGAUGGGCAGUACCUCCUGGUAGAGCUGGAGGAAGGUGUUCUGGGGCAUGGAAAGGUAAAUGUAAACGCACAGUAGAAAUCGGAGGCAUAUUUAGGGCAUGGCAAAUCGCACCUUGUGGCUGGAAUGUCACGUUCAUUGGCAGGGGAGGAAAGGCCUUUCAGGGAUGUAUGCAGGCAGCCUUCUGGCACAGAGGAAGGAGGUUCAAGUCUUCUCCAUGGACCUGAGCUCCAAAGCUGAAGUCACAGGUCCACCAUAGGACUACUGUUGAGGUUAGGCAUGGCCGGAAAGGAGCUCCCUUCCCCACUAUCUUCCUGCCGCCUUCAGCAUGGGCCUCCUCCCAAGGCUUGGCCACUCCCAGCAUCCAGCACCCCCACCUCUCAGCCGGGUUGGGAGGCAGGCGGAGGCUUUUCUCGGGGGCUGUGCCUGGUGGGCGGUUUUCCCAGAGCAGGGAGCACACAGGACUGAGUUGGCGCCUGCUUCCUCAGAUGUAGACAUUACUGGCUGGAUGACCAGCCUAAGCCAGCUAGCUUGAGUCCAGGGCCUCCUCAGGCACUGUGUUUCUGCUCUGUGGGCUGCAGCCCCAUAACCCAGUGGGGUGGCAUGUCACAGAGGAAGGCCAGAGGGCCACUUGCCAUGCCAGGGGUGGGCCACAGCCAGACUCAGGCCAAAGCACGGUUGCUGCCAGGCGCUGACAGGAAGAGGAGCCGCCUCAGCAGGACAAGGCAGGACCCGUGGGAAGAAAGAAGCUGGAGCAAUCAGAGAUGGAGCAGAGCUACCCCUGGCCCUCGAGGGACCAGGGCUGGGGGCCUGGCUCUUGGCAGGAGCGAGGCCUGUCCUGAGAACGCCGCGCGGGAGCGGAGCCGGGUCAGGACGCUGCGCCAGGCCUUCUUGGCCUUGCAGGCUGCUCUGCCUGCCGUGCCGCCCGACACCAAGCUCUCCAAGUUGGACGUGCUGGUGCUCGCCGCCAGCUACAUAGCCCACCUCACCCGCACGCUCGGCCAUGAGUUGCCUGGCCCCGCCUGGCCACCCUUCCUGCGUGGACUCCGCUACUUGCACCCUCUCAAGAAGUGGCCGAUGCGAUCUCGUCUCUAUGCUGGAGGCCUGGGGUACUCUGAUCUUGACUCCACCACAGCAAGCACCCCCAGCCAAAGAACAAGAGACGUAGAGGUGGGAUCCCAAGUCCCUGGAGAGGCAGAUGCUCUCUUUUCUGCCACACCACUCUCACCAGCUCUUGGUGACAAAUAAUUAUCACACUUGCCUUUUCUCCUAGACUGUGAUUCAUGCUUAGGGACCUGGAUUUUCUACCAGCCCCUACCUGUCUUCACUCUGAUUCUCAGCCAUCAGACUUGAUUCAGACUCAGCUCCCAAGUUCCAGCAUGCAGACCAAGAAAAGCAGUAGCACUUCUGUGACGGACAGUACCCAGAGGGGCAUAGGAUGGAGAGCCUCCUUCUUGGUCCCCAAGAGGGGACUUCCCCAUGGCUCUUCUGUGACAGCUACUGGGAAGUGGGAGAGAAAAAGGUAUAAUUGGGCUCAAAGUUGAGCUAGGGAACCACCCUAACUUUCUUCCCCUAAGGUUUCUACAAACCCUCUGCAGAUAACGAAGACAGGUGCAGAGGGAGGGGCCUGGGAUGGCACCAGCCCCAGGUGCUGAUGGGAAAGCCAGGUGACCAGAUAGGCUCUUGGUAGCUGCAAGUGUAAACAGAUCUGGGCUGGGUCACACAGCCAGAAGAAAACUGAAGAAGGGAAUGUGCUUUCUAACUGCAUCAUGAGAUGCUUACCUGAUGUUAGAGAGAUAGUGAGGAAUUCAGGAUACCUGCCUCUGUAGUAUCUGUAGUAUGGGCCUCUCCAGAAGCUGCCCCUCACCACUACAUUUUCUCUCUCUCUUGGCUCCUGCACUCUUCCACUCUUUUCUUCUUCUUUUUAUGUAGAGAUGGGGUCUUGAUAUGUUGCCUAGGCUGUCCUUGAACCCCUGGCCUCAAGUGAUCCUCCCACCUCAGCCUCCUAAAGUGCUGGGAUUGCAGGCAUCAUCUCUGGCCCUAAAGAAAUAACUUGAGAACUAAUCAUAGAAUCUACACACACUGAAAAUAAUUUUCCAGAUCAGAUAUAGCCUCAAACCUGGUACCUGAAGUCCAGACAGGGAACAAAUUACCUUUCGGUUAAAUAUCAGCCCUUCAGAGUGAGAGGGAAUGGGCAUGACCAACUAGAGUCCCAACAAGGUUAUCCUUAGACACACACCAUUGUUGUCAUCAUGAAUGUAAGUGAGCUCUAGGCAGGCUGGGAAUAGUUGGGGUCUGGGUUCUGGCAUGACAGGACCCUGUACCUCCAUAGGGCUGGCCAGGGCAGAGCUGAAAUAGGGCUGGGGGUGCAACUGAGCCAGUUGUGGUAGAGAUAGAAAAAGAGACACAGAACAUCCCAGCCCCGAGCUGCCUGGGAUGUGGGAGAACAGCUGGAAUGUGGCCGGGAGCCAUGGGAAGGCCUCGGCCAAGGCUGAACUCAUAAAUCUGCCUUGAACCAAGUCUCUGCAGAGGGACCCUGGAAAACUUGUGCAGAGCUGAUGUGGGCAGCUGGACAGGGCCAGGCAGGGGCAGAGGCCAGGUGUGGGAGGGCAUGAGCACAGUGUUCUUCACAAGACCAUAAAAGUCCAGCUAGAAUGUACUAUUUUUAAAGCCAAACAGCAGUAUCUUCCUGGUUGAGUUCACAGGGGUGGUAGGAAGAGAAGCAGAUACAUUUCCUCCUCAGUUGGUGGCACACUGUUGUCCUGGAGAUGAAGGGAAAUUGGCUUGGGGUGUGUGUCGGGGUUCUCCGGAUAGCAUAGAACUUCCCUUGAUGAUAGAGUAGACUUUGGGUUGGAGCUUGCCCCACCCUGCGCUGCUCAGACUCAGGCCUUUGCUUAGUAACAUUAGAGCCCUCUGGAGUGACUGCAUGGCCUUGGUGGAGACAAGGAGGGCACAGGAGGGCUGACGCAGGUGGAGGGCCGCAGGAGGCGGGUACCAUCACAACAAGUGUCUCAGGCUGUCUUGGGCCCUUUCCAGGCAAAGCUGUUCUCAUUUGUGCCCAGGACAGUCGUGGGGGGCGGGGCAGAGGCCAUCUCCUCCAGCCACGGAG